AUCGCUCAGGCGUGCGGGCAGCAUGGCGGCCUGGGUCAGGACCUGGUCGCCAUGUGCGUGAACGAUGUGCUCGCCCAGGGCGCCGAGCCGCUCUUCUUCCUCGACUACUUCUCCUGCGGCAGCCUGGACGUGGAUGUGGCCGCCUCUGUGGUCGGCGGCAUCGCCAAGGCCUGCGAGAUGGCGGGCUGCGCUCUGCUGGGAGGUGAGACGGCAGAGAUGCCGGGCGUCUACGCUCCGGGUGAGUACGACCUGGCCGGGUUCUGCGUGGGAGCAGUGGAGCGGGGCGCCAUGCUGCCCAGACUGGGAGACAUCGCCGAGGGGGACCUGCUGAUCGGAGUGGCGUCAUCCGGAGUCCACAGCAACGGUUUCAGCCUGGUCCGCAAAGUCCUGGAGCGGGCCCGCCUCAGCUACAGCUCCCCCGCCCCAUUUAGCGGCCCUGGACAGACUGUCGGUGAGGUUCUGCUCACACCGACAAAGAUCUACAGCCGCCUGCUGCUGCCGAUCCUCCGCAGCGGCGCCGUGAAAGCCUACGCUCACAUCACAGGGGGUGGACUUCUGGAGAACAUCCCUCGGGUGCUGCCCCAGGAGCUGGCGGUUGAUUUAGACGCGUCCCGAUGGAACAUCCCUCCAGUGUUCUCCUGGCUCCACAAGGAGGGCGGCCUGAGCGACGACGAGAUGGCCCGCACCUUCAACUGCGGCCUGGGCGCCGUGCUGGUGGUCGCCCCGCCGGACGCUCAGAGAGUCCUGCGGCAGCUGCAAGCCGAGGAGGAGGCGUGGAUCGUGGGCUCACUGGCUCACAAGCUGCCUGGGGCAGAAGCUGUGGUUGUGCGUAACCUGAGCAACAGCUUGCUGAAUGCAGGAUCAUCUGCCGCCGAUCACUCGGGUGUCGGGCAAAAUAACGGUUGCCUCGGCAGCGACGGCACACCACGCAAAAGGACGAGAGUCGCUGUUCUCAUCUCUGGCACAGGCACCAACCUCCAGGCCCUGAUCGAGCAGGCCAAGCGUCCGUCCAGCUCGGCAGAGAUUGUGGUCGUCAUCUCCAACAGACCGGGCGUGCAGGGCCUGAAGAGAGCGUCACUGGCUGGAAUCCAGACACGAGUGGUGGACCACAAGCUGUACGGGAGCCGGGCGGAGUUUGACGGCACCAUUGAUCGCGUCCUGGAGGAGUUCAAGGUGGAGAUGGUGUGUCUCGCUGGAUUCAUGAGGAUCCUCACAGGAACUUUUGUCAAGAAAUGGAACGGAAAACUGCUGAACAUUCAUCCGUCCCUGUUGCCGUCAUUCAAGGGCGUGAAUGCCCAGAAGCAGGCGCUGCAGGCCGGGGUGCGGGUGACGGGCUGCACGGUUCACUUUGUGGCAGAAGAGGUGGAUGCAGGGGCCAUCAUCGCGCAGGAGGCGGUGCCCGUGACGAGCUGCGACACCGAGGAGAGUCUGUGCGACAGAAUCAGGGAGGCCGAGCACCGCGCCUUCCCCGCCGCCAUGGAGCUGGUGGCCAGCGGUGCCGUCACUCUCAGCGAGGACGGCCACAGCGUGUGGAAGACGAUCCCGCAGAGUUAAAGACCAGACGUCACAAUCAACUUUAUACAUUCCUGUCAUUAAAACAAUUAAACAUUUGCUUCUGUUACGUAAAACUAACACUUUAUUGGAAAAACAAGUCCGAAAUAGAAAACAAGUUUACACAGUAUUGUCUUUUCUCUCUCUCUUGUCUCUUGCUUCCUAUUGUCAAAUCCAGUUGAGUUGAUAUUGGUAGAUUAAUGUAGAAAUUCCAUUUUAAAGAAGCAUCUUACUUGAAAUGACUAAUACAUUCCAAUGUUAAAUGUUACAGUUUGAAUUGUGUCUGCACUGGAAUGAGCUUGGUGUGACUUGUGCUGCUUGCGAUGCUGUGGGUGACAUGACCUCUUGUCCAUCAUUAUUAAAAUGUCUCUGUUGCAGUGUUGCAUACAGUUUUCAUGUCAGCAGAAACCGGCGCACAUGUCUCCUCCACGGCUCGCUCCAGCGUCCACUGCGUAAAUAUUAGCACGUAGAUGUUAGCGGAGGUUUCGCACAGCGUGGUUGUUUCACGUUCGAGUCCGUUUUACACUCUGAACACCGCCAGUGUCCAUGCAGUGUUUACAAUCCACUUCCUCGUGCAAACUACGUCACUGUGUAAGUUGACAUCUUCUUCUUGUAGUGUGUAUUGGCGGUUGGCAAACCAGGAGUCGUUCCCUGCGCAUUAYCGCCACCUUGUGGACUGGAGUGUGGAUCAGUUGAUUUAAACAUGAAUGUCUCAACCACCUGAAAAGAAAUAAUCAACAACUGUUCGAAUUCKAAUGGUGUUGACAGAAUUGCUGUCAGGUCAUGUUUCAUAUAUAAUUUCAUUUAUAAUCGUCUUGUUAGUUUUAUUGCUAAUAAUAAUAGAAACAAGACGAAUUCUCAGACAGAGCAAAGAAAUUAGAAAUCUCUCAUAAAAUAAUAUUUUCAAUUGCAAAUGAAGCAGCAUUAAAGCAUUUAAGGGCAACUAUUGAGAUUAUAUUACAUUUUAGAUCUAUUAAGUCGCAGUAUAAUCUGUGUAUAAAGUAGAAAAUGUGUCAAGUUAAGCAGAGAGUGGUGUAGGGAAUUAAAAAUAAGAUUAGUGAAGUAUAAGAAUAAGAUAAAUGUGAUGUCAGUAUUAUUUGUAAGAGCUCCAACUGUGUAAGUCACAAAUUUGAGCAGCAGAUGGCGCUGCAGUAACUUCACUAUUCACUACUUCGUUGUCAAAGACUUGUCUUGUUGCUGUCAAACCUAAAGUUGUAGAAAACUCCCAGAGGCUCGUGUAAUUAAAUAACAAUCUAUUGUCUUCAAUGGAAA